UAAUCCGAUUCACUGCCCGGAGCUACACGGAUCACAAACCAUGAGGAACUUCGGCUGUCAUUUUCUGCUUUUAUCAUUUGCCUUUCUGGCUUCAGCUCAAGUACCAAAGAAAUGUUCGGCUCCUCCGGAGUACCCGAACACCGCACUGGGGAAGAAAUACACGCGGAUUCAGAAGUUCUUCAGCGGGGAGAAGGUGUACUAUGAGUGCGGGGAGGACUUGACUCCAUCCAGAGGGAGCAGGGCGGUGCAGUGCGUGGGGGGGAGAUGGACCCAGCUCACUCUGAAAUGUGAAAAGAAAUCAUGUGGGAAUGCUGGUGAUCUACCUAACGGGGAGUUCCAGUAUGGAAUCAAUUCAUUCCUCGGGGAGAAAGUUUAUGCUAUAUGCAAGGACGGAUACACUCUGAAAGGACUCAACUACAUGAUAUGCAAGAAGACUGGCUGGACUGGUGAAUUGCCAUCUUGUGUCUUGGGAGAGGCCACCUGCUCCCCGCCUGCAGUGGCCAACUCUGUGAAAAGUACUGGAGCUGUUUCUGUUUACCGAGUUGGAGACCACGUCAACUUCACCUGCAGUCCGGGUUUCCAGCUGGACGCAGCUCAGCAGAUCACCUGUGGACCUGGUGGCCUGUGGCAACCUCAGCCCCCCCGAUGCAUGCCUUCACCCAAUAAAACUCCGUGGAUGCGGUGUGCCAGAAUUCCCCAGGACUCCAACGCCAACCUCGCUGAUAAGUACUUCAUGAUGACCUCGUUCGCUCCUGGUGACAGAGUCCACUGUGUGUGUGACAUCGGAUACGCUCACUCAGGCGGCAGCAGAUAUCGCAGUUGUAUGAAGGGAAAGUGGACACCACUGCUGCUGAAAUGUGAACGAAAGGCAUGUGGCCCUGCAGGAGAGAUUAUUAAUGGAGAGUUUACCUAUACGGGAGUGGAGUUUGGAGACACUGCUACGGCUGUCUGUGCUGAGGGGCAUCAUCUUGUAGGACCGGCAACCAGAAACUGCCUGAGUAAAGGCUGGGACGGCCGUGUUCCUGCUUGUGAAGCUGCUGUCUGUGCGGAGCCUCCAGGAAUCACGAAUGCCGAGAUGACCGGCCCUCAGGAGCCGCCUUACUCAUACAGGACUGUAGUUCGCUAUCAUUGUCGUGUGGGAACCCUUAUUGGAAAAAGGGAUAUUUGGUGCACCAAGACUGGGACAUGGAGUGAUCCUCCUCCUAAAUGCAGAGAAAUGACAUGUUCAGCUCCAAAUGUGGCCAACGGCUACUGGAGGGGAGCUCAUUCCAGGCUGUAUCAAGAAAGGGACACUGUAUCAAUAGAGUGUAACCGAGGCUACACAAGGACCGGCCCGAGCACUGUUACCUGUGGUGGUGAUGGCCGAUGGUCACCUAGGCUCCCUAGAUGUACACCACGUCGUACCUACAGGAGGAACUAAUGAGUUAGCUGAAACGUGAAACAGUUUUGUGGCAGUGGAGGAGUCUAAGCUUCAUGUCUUCCUUCUAAAAGUAGUCCACAAUACACCUAUAAUAAUACACUUAUAGUGAUAUAUUUUCUUACCUGCUGAUAAGACUUUUCCAAACUUAUUAUACAGACAUUAAAAUAUGUUUUGAAAUGAAGCUGAAGUACA